CCAGGGGCGGUUCCCGGGGCCGUUCCCGUUCCCGUCCCCGCCCCUUUCCCGCCGUGCCCCGCGCGGCGGCCCCGGAAGGCGGCGGGAGCGGGUCUUGAUAGAAGCUUCUCUCUGAAGGACUGCAAAGGAAUACAGGACAUAAUGACUACUGCAGAUGAUAAACUGCUUGGUGAGAAGCUCCAGUACUAUUACAGCAGUAGUGAGGGUGAGGAUGAGGACAGUGAGAAGGAAGAUAAAGAAGGGGAGAGCAACAUUCCUGAAAGUGUGGGAGAGGUGGAGCUCAGCAGCGAUGUUAGCACCGAUGUUAGCACUGUCAACACAGGUCCCAAGGGAGUCAUCAAUGACUGGAGGAGGUUUAAGCAGCUGGAGACGGAGCAGCGGCAGGAGCAGCGCCGGGAGAUGGAGCGGCUCAUCAAGAAGUUGUCCAUGACCUGCAGGUCUCACUUAGAUGAUGAGGCUGAUAAGCAGAAGCAGAAGGAGCUUCAGGAAAAAAUCAAUGGAAAGAUGACUUUACAGGAGUAUAACAUGAUCCACAACGACGAGGACGACGAGGAGUUCCUGCAGCGCUACAGGAAGCAGAGGAUGGAGGAGAUGAGGCAGCAGUUGUACAGUGGGCAGCAGUUCAAGCAGGUCUUUGAGAUCACCAGCGGAGAAGCAUUUUUGGACACGGUGGACAAAGAGCACAAGAGCACCCUGAUCAUGAUCCAUAUUUAUGAAGAUGAUAUCCCUGGCGCCGAGUCCCUGAACGGCUGCAUGAUCUGCCUGGCUGCCGAGUACCCCACGGUGAAAUUUUGCAGAGUGAAGAGUUCCCUCAUCGGGGCCAGCACCCGCUUCACCAACAAUGCCCUGCCAGCCCUGCUGGUCUAUAAGGCCGGGGAGCUCAUUGGCAACUUCGUGCGCAUCACUGACCAGCUCGGGGAAGAUUUCUUUGCUGUAGACCUGGAGGCUUUUCUGCAGGAAUGUGGUUUGCUGCCAGAAAAAGACCUGCUGCUCCUGACUUCUAUACAUAACCCUUCUGCAUGUUACAGUGAGGACAGUGAUCUGGAAAUAGACUGAGGCGCUGACGCCGAGGGCCCGUAGGUGUAGUUGUGCUGUGGGAUGUUCUGUGCUAGGGAUUGUUCUCUCCCUUCCAUAGCGUGGGUAUGUCUUCCUCCCCCUCCUGCACUUUGACUUCUGCUUGUUAAAAAUAACAUGAGGAAUUCCUAGCAUUUUCUCAUUUUCUUAAUUCAGUAAAGUACAGCUGAAACAGUCUCAUUUCUA